AUGCUUAAACUCUAUGGACCACCUCCUGCCCCCAUUGCAGACAUCAUCCCAUUUGGUGAUCCGCCUUCGACUACUCCCCAGGCUCCUCCCAAAGAUCUCACCGUCGGCAAAGGUCGCAAAUCACGCCGACGCCGAAAGUCUUCUCGCAGUAUCAUCAAGAAAAAAGUCAAACCACUCAAAUUAUGUCGCGAGAUCAAAGACUACGCCAUCCGGCUCGAAAAGCUCGUCGCCGGCUACGGCGCUCUGGAGCGUAUAGAGCAAGAGAAGCUGGAUGCCGGCUACCUGAUCGCACAGCACCUAGCGAGUGCAAAUAGUGACAGCGAAGAUGCACCUCUGGAUGAUCUUCUCGACCAGCAAGCUUCUCUAGAACUCGCAAUGACGGCGAAGUUGAAUAAGCUUGUCUCCCACGCAAAUUGCUUGAUGGAUUCCGUGGAAGCGCAAGCGGGUCGCGCUCCGUUACCGCCACCUUUGAUCCUGCAAUUACAGCGGUACGACGAUGCACGAGAGGCGUAUGUGGGAUGGAGAGUAACCGAGGCGGAGGAGGAGGAGGAAGAGCAGGACUUGAAGAAAAUUGAAGACACUUUUUCCCAAGUGAAUAGCGCGAAGAAGCUCACGCCGAGGAAAGGGAGAGGAUGGAAGCCUUCUCAAACUUUGUUGAGAAGCAUGGAAGACCGUGAGGCGGGGAUUAGGAAGCGGAGACGGGUGAUGGAAAUUUGUAACAUGACUAUGACGAGUGAGCUGAGGAGGUUAUGUGAGGAGGAAGCACCGGAGACGUUGCAACAUCCUGUUUUUAGACCUGUUGAUUCGAGGCUUGCGAAUUUGAGGCGAUAG